UUAAUGUUGUGAUGACGUAGAGGUUGACGAGCUUUUAUAAUGCUAAACCUAUGAUUGCCACCAAUAGUCUUAAUCUUGAAGUCGAUAUGAAAGAGUUCGUUAGACACUGGUUGACAUGCUGCCUUUUAGCUACUGUAUGCUGCAGUCCGACUGUUCUGGAUGAACCGGCGACAACUACAAUUACGGUGCCAAGCAACAAAAUACGAGUUGCUGUUAUCGGAGCAGGACCCUGUGGGCUCAUAACUGCUAGAUAUCUCUCAUCAAAAUUGGACAAAUUCGAUUUAACCGUUUUUGAACGGACCAAUGAAGUCGGAGGGUUGUGGGUGUACACAAAUGUUACAGGUAACGAUGCAAAUGGAGUUCCGAUGCACACUGCUGCUUAUGAUUACCUCAAGACAAAUGUACCUAAGGAGGUUAUGAUGCUGGAGGAUUUUCCGUUCCCACAGCUGAAUGAACCUUCCUUUGUUUCUCACCGUGUGAUUUACAGUUAUUUACAAAACUUUACACGGCAUUUUAAACUCUUCCCGCACAUAAAGCUGAACACUCUAGUGACAGACGUUGAACCUGAGAUAUCACCCAGUGGGCAAACCACCUAUAGGAUUACUUCCAAGGAUCUCAUCAAUGACGAAGAAUCCAUCGAUAGCUUUGAUGCUGUUGUUGUAAGCGUUGGACACGUUUCAGUGAAUUAUAUACCGACCAUUAGGGGUAGUGACACAUUCGUUGGGACUGCUAUUCACAGCCAUGACUACAGAGUCCCGGAGAAAUAUUCUGGCAGGAGAGUUUGCAUAAUUGGUGCCCAAGCUUCGGGGCGUGACAUUGCUUUGGAACUAUCAGAACAUGCAGCUAAGGUCUAUUUGAGUGACAAAGGAGGUUACGGAAGGAAGAGGUGGCUAUCCGGUAUCGAAAUGACACCACGAAUCAUCGAUAUUACUGGGAAUAACUUGACCUUUUCGGAUGACACAAGUGUCCAAGUCGAUGACAUUAUCUACUGCACUGGUUACCAGUUUGCCUAUCCAUUUCUAUCGAAAAAAAUCGAGCUUUCGACUGCCGAUAAAAACGUAGAGCCACUCUACAAGUAUUUAGUCCACAUAACUAGCCCGAAUUUGUUUUUCAUGGGAGUACCAGACAGUUUGAAUUUUCUACUUGCCGAAUUACACGCCCAAUACAUUGUGGGCCUCCUGGAGGGACGAUUGCAAUUACCCUCAUCGGAGGCAAUGCGAGAGGAUAUGGAAGCUCAAAAGCGAAAGCUAUUGGCUGCACUAAUUCCAAGACGAGAGCACUUGAGAUAUUCGUCAUGGACUGAGUUCGAUCAGCUAGCAACGUUAGCCAAUGCGUCUAAAAUUCGGCCAGUAAUAAGAAGCAUCUUUCAGCACUGUCUACGGGCACAGCAGCAAAACGUCCGGCAGUAUAAACAAUAUGGAUACAAAAUCAUCGAUAACGAAAACUUCGGAGCUCGGCUCUUUCCACCUGAUAAAGCAAUAAAUGAGCCCUGGUUCAGCUAAUAUAUUUUCCAUCAAUUCAACGAUUGUAUAAAUUAUUAUUGAACUUUAUGUUGAAAAUUAAAUAUUUUUUGAGCUGCUAUUACCUAAUUAAUGAAAAAUAUAUUGCUAUAGCAAAUCUCC